GCCAGUGAUGCCACGCGUUCUGCUGGCAGCAGGCGUGGGCUUCUGGGAGUUGUAGUCGUUGGGGGCGAGCACCGUCUGUAAGGAGACGUAGCCUUCCCUGGGGUCCACUACUGCGCUUGGAUCCCCGCCGGAGUCACCGGGGAUGGAAGCUUCCUGGCGCCAGGUGGCCGGUGGCCGAGGCCGAGCCCGAGGACGGGCCAGUGCGGCCCCCUCCUCAGGAAAUGGAUUCCAUCUCCGCGGAGCCGGAGGAGGGCGAGAGAAGGGGUCGCCGGGCGCCGCUGCCCCCGGCCCCAGUCCCGGAGGCGCCACGACCGCUGCGGCGGCGGCAGGUAGCUCAGCCCGGCGCAGCCCCGCAGGACCCGGAGCACUGCAGACUUCCGUAGCCAGUGCAGAGCUAAUGUCUCAAAGGAAAUUUGAGGAAAUCAAGAAGGCUAAUCAAGCUGUGGCAAAGAAACUUGUUGAAGAGCACUUUAGCUCCUCCUCUGAAGAAGAAGGAGAUGAAGAUUUGGAAGGAAAACAGGGAAAAAUAGUUGCUAAUACAUUUAUAACAUAUACUACUCAGACAGAUGGAGAUACACGUGAAUUAGAGCGAACAAAGCAGUAUGUACAUGAAGCUUUUCAAGCAGGGGCUAUGACAUGCUUAAUUUGUAUUGCUUCAGUGAAGAGAAACCAGGCAGUUUGGAGUUGUUCAGGAUGUUUCUGUAUAUUUCACAUGCCCUGUAUUCAGAAGUGGGCUAAAGACAGCCAAUUUCUGGUAUCUUCUUUGACGGAUGAUGAUUUUGAAAAGAGAGAUUAUCCCUGGCCUUGUCCAAAAUGUAGGUUUGAAUACAAACGAUCGGACACACCUAGUAGGUACUAUUGCUAUUGUGGAAAGGUAGAAGAUCCACCUUUAGAUCCGUGGCUUGUGCCUCAUUCAUGUGGCCAAGUAUGUGAGAGAGAAUUUAAACCUCCUUGUGGCCAUAAAUGUUUACUCCUCUGUCAUCCAGGGCCCUGCCCUCCUUGUCCAAAGAUGGUCACAACUACUUGUCACUGUAAGAAAGCCAAGCCCAUCCCUCGUAGGUGCAGUGCCAAGGAAUGGUCCUGUCAGCUGCCAUGUGGGCGGAAGUUACUUUGUGGACAACAUAAAUGUGAAAAUCCUUGUCAUGCAGGAAGUUGUCCGCCCUGUCCGAGAGUUAGUAGACAGAAGUGUGUCUGUGGCAAACGAGUAGCUGAAAGAAGCUGUGCAAGUCCGCUGUGGCACUGUGAUCAAGUAUGUGGGAAAACACUGCCAUGUGGUAAUCAUACAUGUGAGCAAGUUUGUCAUGCUGGUGCUUGUGGAGAAUGUCCUCGAUCUGGGAAAAGAUUCUGUCCAUGUCAGAAGUCAAAGUUUUCUUUGCCUUGUACAGAAGAUGUACCAACUUGUGGAGACAGUUGUGACAAGUUACUUGAAUGUGGAAUCCAUAGAUGUUCACAGCGUUGUCAUCGAGGUCCUUGUGAAAUAUGUAGACAAGAAGUAGAAAAGCAUUGUCGCUGUGGAAAACAUACAAAACGAAUGCCGUGCCAUAAAACUUAUCUCUGUGAAACUAAGUGUGUUAAGAUGCGUGACUGUCAGAAGCAUCAGUGUAGAAGAAAGUGUUGUCCUGGAAACUGUACACCUUGUGAUCAAAACUGUGGACGGACUUUAGGAUGUAGAAACCAUAAGUGUCCAUCUGUCUGCCACAGAGGUAGUUGCUAUCCUUGCCCAGAAACUGUAGACGUGAAGUGCAACUGCGGUAAUACAAAGGUGACGGUACCCUGUGGCCGCGAGCGUACCACAAGACCACCCAAGUGCAAAGAACAGUGCAGUCGACCACCAACUUGCCAUCAUACAAGUCAAGAAAAACAUCGCUGUCACUUUGGCCCUUGUCCUCCAUGUCAUCAGCCUUGCCAAAAAGUGUUGGAGAAAUGUGGCCACUUGUGUCCUGCUCCAUGUCACGAUCAAGCAUUAAUAAAGCAAACUGGCAGGCACCAGCCCUCAGGCCCUUGGGAACAGCCUUCUGAGCCAACAUUUAUUCAGACUGCUUUACCUUGUCCUCCAUGUCAAGUUCCUAUUCCCAUGGAGUGUCUUGGGAAGCACGAGGUGAGUCCACUGCCAUGCCAUGCUGUAGGACCCUAUUCUUGUAAGAGAGUUUGUGGGCGCACCUUAGAUUGUCAGAAUCACACAUGCAUGAAAGAAUGCCACAAGGUAACGGAAACUGCUGCCUGCACUGGCAAAACCAAGGCUGGCCCAGAAUGCCUCCAGUGUGAAGAAGGGUGCUCUAAAUCACGACCAGUGGGCUGUCCCCACCCAUGUGUUCUGCCAUGUCACCCUGGAGAAUGUCCUCCUUGUGUUCAGAUGCUUAGAAUAAAAUGUCACUGCAAGAUCACAGCCCUGUUUGUGGAAUGUAGGAAAAUAACCACAGCUGAUGUAAAUGAAAAGAACCUCCUCAGUUGUUGCAAAAAUCAAUGUCCUAAAGAGCUUCCUUGUGGUCAUAGAUGCAAAGAGAUGUGCCAUCCUGGUGAAUGUCCUUUUAAUUGCAACCAGAAGGUAAAACUUAGAUGUCCUUGUAAAAGAAUAAAAAAGGAAUUGCAGUGCAACAAAGUACGUGAAAAUCAGAUUUCCAUAGAAUGCGAUACAACGUGCAAGGAGAUGAAGCGGAAAGCGUCUGAGAUAAAAGAAGCAGAAGCCAAAGCUGCUCUUGAAGAGGAAAAACGAAAACAACAGGCUGAAUUGGAGGCUUUUGAAAACAGACUGAAGGGUCGUCGGAAGAAGAACAGGAAAAGAGAUGAAGUGGCGGUUGAGCUAACGCUGUGGCAAAAGUAUAAAUAUCGUCUCCUUCCAGUGUGUACAGUUGUGGUGUGUGUGUUCGCCUGGUACAUAGCCUGGGGGUGAACUAAAGCUUUUUACCUGUUAAUAUACCUCAGAUUGGGUUUAGAUACGUUAUUAAAUUUGGAAUACUAGGAAGUGUAUAUUGUACAUGAUAUACAUUCGCAUUCAUGUCUCUGUUCCCUUCCAUUUGUUGUUAGAAGGAUAGAAUGUUAAGCUUUAUCUUAAUUUAAUGUAUGAGAAGUGGCAGUAUAACAUUGUUUGAUAUUAAAAGCAUGACUGGAUUUAUAAAGUGUUUCAUAAGGCAUAGUUAGUAGCAGGGUAACAUGUUGUUGUUCAUUGUGCUUCCUUGUAUUAACAUAGUCAUUUCAUUUACUAUUUGAAACCAAGAUAUUUUUUCCCAAAUUAAGAUGAAACUGAGCCAUAUGUGCAGAAAGAGCAAUGUUUCAUGUUUUAGUUACUUGUUAAAAAGUACUUUUCUUCAUCAUGUAAUUUGUACUUUAAAACAAUGAUUCUCUGAAAGACCUCUUAAAUUAUAAUAUGAAGUUAUACAAUUAGAUUCCAGACAUUGGUUUAUUAGUGAGGAAUUUUUACCAGUUAUUGAAAUAAAUUUUUAUGUAGCGUGUUCCUCAGAGGAAUAUAGAAUUGUUUUCAGAAUAUGCCAGGCUAGAUUCCUCACACGUGACUAUUUCUAGUGUAGGAAGUUUUCAGCUGAUGUCGGCAUGUUUUGUAAAACUUGUCUGUGUCUUUUCAAAGUAAUAAUAAAAGAAAAACUAAUAUUUAUGAGCACUAUGUGCUGAGCACAGGGCUUAUGAGCUUUAUGUACUUUAUUCUCAUGUUUUCUUACUGUAAGUAGAUUUUAUCUGGAAGUAAUUAGUUCUUAUGAAAUCAGGCUGAUAGAGAAAUGUCAGUACCAAAUCUGUUUGAAUUGUAAGUCAUUUUAAAUGGUUUUGUUAUUUAAUUUUUGUAUGAUUAAUGUUUUCAUUAAAGUUUU